CGGCAAGGGCCGCCGGUUCGGCACGAGUGUUUUUUUUUCUCCGUUAUUACCGUUACUUUUAUUUUUUUGUUGUUGCACGAGCUGUGUCAUUUACCGUCGGGAUGACUCAGGAUGUAACUGGGUGUUGUCCUGUUGUUUUUAGCUAGGCGGACAAAUUCCUUCAACCAGCCUGCUGUUUCAAUCACUGCGGGCUGUCACUACGUUAGCCGAGGCGCUGUUUAGUUGGGCGAGCUAGCGGGCUAGCAGGGCGAGCACUCCCGACUGUCUCCGGCCUAAUUCAGGGGCGGUCGCGCUGAUGUUGUUGGAGUAACGCCGAAGAGACCGCAGACACAUCAGCUGUCACCGGGUUGGAUGCUGCAGGUUUGAACCACUCUUGACGGAUGGUGAAGAUUGAAUUGGAAAAGGCAGUGACAGAAAAAAAAAAAACUAAAGGGGCUUUAAGUUGCUGCCAUUAGGAACCAAAAAACAAAACAAAAAUAUCUAAGCUGUGUUCAGAGCUGUGCAGUCAGAGGAGCUGAAUCUCCCGUGAUUUACGGUGGAACAUCCGGGUGAAGUCGCGCUUCUUCCCGGCCGGGGGGACAACUUGACAGCGAGGCCCCUUGGCUAAGUCUCCCCUCCCCCAGCCCCGACCAUCCAUCCAUCCGUGCGUCCGUCCGUCCAGUCCAGUCCAGUCCGACUGACCGCCUCCUUGAGAGCCAAGCGAGGGCCGGGGAUUCGGGAGAAACGGAAACCGAAGAGCCAGCGUUCGUCAGGUCCCGUUUGAUCCGGGCUGCCACAACCAGGGGGGAUGACUCUGGAGUCCAUGAUGGCUUGCUGCCUGAGCGAGGAGGCGAAGGAGUCGAAACGAAUCAAUGCAGAAAUUGACAAACAACUCCGCCGAGACAAGCGGGACUCCAGGAGAGAGCUGAAGCUGCUGUUGCUCGGCACGGGAGAAAGUGGCAAGAGCACCUUCAUCAAGCAGAUGAGGAUCAUCCAUGGAGCCGGCUACUCGGAUGAAGACAAGCGGGGCUUCAUCCGGCUUGUUUACCAAAACAUCUUCACCUCCAUGCAGGCCAUGAUCCGCGCCACCGAGAACCUCAAGAUCCCCUACAAAUAUGAACAGAACCGGGCCAACGCCAUGCUUGUGAAGGAAGUGGAUAUUGAGAAGAUCAAUGGGUUUGAUCAACACUAUGUCGUAGCUAUUAAAACCCUGUGGGCUGACCCGGGAAUCCAGGAGGCCUACGACCGUCGCAGAGAAUACCAGCUCUCCGAUUCCACUAAAUAUUAUCUUAGCGAUAUAGACCGUGUGACUGCGGAGGGAUACGUUCCCACCCAGCAGGAUGUGCUGAGGGUCCGUGUUCCCACCACGGGUAUUAUAGAGUACCCCUUUGACCUGGAGAACGUCAUCUUCAGUUAUCUUUCGGAUCUGGAUCGUAUUGCCGAUCCCAGCUAUCUUCCCACUCAGCAGGAUGUACUCAGAGUGCGCAUCCCCACUACAGGAAUCAUAGAGUACCCCUUCGACUUGCAAAGCAUCAUUUUCAGGAUGGUGGAUGUCGGGGGUCAGAGGUCAGAGCGGAGGAAGUGGAUUCACUGCUUUGAGAACGUCACCUCCAUUAUGUUUCUUGUGGCUCUGAGUGAGUACGACCAGGUCCUGGUGGAGUCCGACAACGAGAACCGCAUGGAGGAGAGCAAGGCUCUGUUCAGGACAAUCAUCACCUAUCCCUGGUUUCAAAACUCUUCAGUCAUCCUCUUCCUCAACAAGAAGGAUCUAUUAGAGGAGAAAAUUGCUUAUUCGCACUUGGUGGACUACUUCCCUGAAUUUGAUGGUCCCCAGAGAGACGCCCAGGCAGCGCGGGAGUUCAUCCUCAAAAUGUUUGUGGACUUGAACCCAGACAGCGACAAGAUCAUCUACUCCCACUUCACCUGUGCCACGGACACUGAGAACAUCCGCUUUGUGUUUGCGGCCGUCAAGGACACCAUCCUACAGCUCAACCUGAAAGAGUACAACUUGGUGUGAGAGGGCUGGGGACAGUGUUCACAACACACUUCUCCACCCCCUCACCCAUUGCACAAACCGCACCCCUCUUCGGGAUCGUCCCGUCAACCCCACACGCAUCGCACAGCGCAGCACUCCGGCUCUCACACACUCAUUCACACACAAACAGAACUGUUGCUUUUUUAAUUUUUAACAUUUUUUUUUUUUUCUGUCCAGUACGGUGUGCAUUUGAAUCGUGCCCCUUCUUUCACCAAAGCCACUCCGUCCUCCUCCUCCUUCUCUCGGCAGCUUGUCGCAUCAGUCUUCGGCCCUUAAAAAGCUGCUCCGUGUGUCAGAGCUUGGCAUACAAACCUUUCAGACGGGCUCUGCGGCGGCGACCGGAAGGGAUUUUUUUUUUUUCUUUGGCAUUUGUAUAUGGGGCAGUUUUUAUUGGCAAUGGAUUUCGAUGGAGAAAAAAACAAAACAAAAAGAAAACAGUAAUCUUAGGGCCCCGCAGUGUCGACCCUGUCUCCUUUCCUGCCAGUGUGCAAGGCACUGACUGACUUAUCUGGUGAUAUCAUCUGAGAACCAGCGGUGCUGAACACAGACAUGCUCCAGAGCGACGCGGUCCGGAUGUGAGGUCGCGCACCAAACAAAGGGACGGACUGGAGGAUUCUGUCAUCGCCUCGCAUCCAUGAAUGUACCCCAGGUGUGAGCAUCGCAAUCGCAAAAAGAGAGAAAUGUAUAUUAUGAAUUUAAUGCAUAUUUAUCCGUUGAAAAUAUGUUGCAGAAUUUUUUUUUUAGCUGAUUUUUACUGAUUUAAACACUAACACUACACAGGCUGAGUCAAGUGGGCAUGAAAGCAGAAAGCGUAUAAAAAAAUUUUUGCAAGAUUUUUAAAAAAGCAACUUAUUUGACGUAAGUAUCCUUUGGAGAUAUAAAAUAUUUUUUUCUAAGUUUAAGUUAAUCACACGCUUCCCUCCUGCAAAACGUAUUCUGUAUGAAUUUACAGGGACAAUCUUCCACAUGACGCAGCACGCGAAACCCCUCCCUCAGUACAAAACACUAGUCUCGCGGCGGGGGCGAAGGACCCCGCAUUGGAAAAUUUGCACUCUCAUUCACAGAUUCGAUCUGCGAGUAGCUAAAUCGGCCAGAAACGCAACAUGUCCGACGACGUCACAGUUCCUGGCGCGACGCGGCUAUCACUGGUGUCAGGACGCGCUUCUUAUAUUUUGUUUUUAUGUUGGGUUUUGUUGAGCAAUUAAAUUAUGGGGAAAGGUAGGAAGACGCGCCUUUCACAGAAAAUACUCUGCAGUCUGCAAAUUUUUUGUGUAUAUUUGUAAAUACAUAUACACAAAACUCUUCUGUACAAAACAAGUGCUCUGUGGUACACCAUCUUUGGUUUUUGAAAAGAAAAAAAAGGAAAAAAAAAAGACUUUCUUUAGCAUACAGUUUUCUCCUAUGAAUUUAUGGUAGUAUUGAUACUGUGAUUAUGAAUUAUGUUCACUUGAUUGAUAGAAUUUCAAAGAGCCGCAUGGUGUUGAGGAAAUGAAGUGGGGUUGUGGGGGGGAGUCGGAGAAAAAGACAGCCUCUGAACGCCACACUACUGCAACAGCUCUGUGUUCAGAGUAAAACUAACUAGGGCUGGUUCAACUAAAAAGAAAAAAAAAAUCUUCACGGUUAAGGUGAAAGGAUGAUUUUGAGAGUAAUUAAAGAUUUUUUUAUUUAUAUAAUUUAUGGACCAGGAUGAAGGUGUUGAUAAUUUGACUGCUCGUGUUUCUGUCAUGUUAAAGGGCUCCUUUUCUCAUGGCAGAGCCUAACUUGAGUCUGAACUGCUGUUAAAAAAAAAAAAAAAAUUUACAAAACGACACAAAAAAACCCCCACAAAAAAAAAAAAAAAAAACGAAUGUCUGGUAUAGUAAGAACUUUAUCUCUGCUUUCUAUUUCUAUUAGACAUUUCCAGAUGUACUUGCCAUCACAUUUCCAUCCAUAAUAAUGCUGUUUGUUUUUUUUCUUAUAUCUUAGGGAGUCCUCACGUUUCUUUUUUCAUAUUUUUUAAUUACAUUUUUUUUUCCGUUGGGUUAUAGAUGCAGCGCUGUAAUACAUACCUAGAAAAAUGUACAGUACAAAAAUAGGUGGACUUUUUUUUAUCAGUGAUUGAAGACCUCUGAGGUCCAUGCUUGCUAUUUGUAACUUAACAAAAGAUAAAAAACGUUUUAUUUUAUUUUUGUUGUUUUUGUUUGUUUGCUUUUAUUUCCAGUUUUUGGAGGCUUGCUUUGAAUAGUGCCAGUGAAGUGCAGAUAUAUAUAUAUAUGUAUAUAUAUAUACUUUCUUUUGGUCUCAUACACGACCUUUUCUACAAGUGAUUUACCCUUCAUCCUCAUUAAGGGCUAUAUCACAGUGCAUCCGACAGCGGGGAGUGGAGUAAAGGACCACAGUGAACCAAGUCAUCCACUAUUACUACUACUACUUGUUUAGAAAGAGAUUAUUUGCUGUCUGUGCUAUUAAGAAGUAAGGCAGAGUGUUAACACAAUUGUAAGGUGCGUGUAUGUGUGCGAGUAGAGCAUUUUUACCAACACUUAAGACGCUUUCUUUAAGUAUUUCCUCUGGUUUCUCACCACAUUUCUGUUUGCAUCCGUAUCGCAGUGUUGCUUGUAAUCCCAUCAUGGAGUGUUGAGGUGCUUAUCAGUACGGACACUACUACUACUACUGCUACUACUACCAGGACAAGUAUUGCAUGAUCUCCCCAAGUAUUUGAGUUGUAACUAGUAAGCCAAGAGAUGUUAUGAAGACCAUACUGGUGUCGUUGCAUAUUGUAACCUGUGUGCAUUUCUGCUUUUAUGGCAGCUAAAGGAGGUUGAAUAGUGAUAAUAAUGAAAAUAUUUAUUAUUGUUAUUCUUUUAUUGUUGGAAACAAUAUCUGGGUUCCUUAUUCGUCGUUUUCAAGAUGGUGUUUUGAUUUAGUUUGAAUUCAGACGAGUUGUCACCGGAUUUGUAUCGUGUUGGCAUCAAAACGGCAGUAGCUUUAUGCAAACGUUAUUGCAUUACUUGCAUUUCUAGUGUCCCUUAUUGACACGGGGAUACUAGAAAUGGAGCUUGGAGGCAGUGCGCUGGCACUGAUCGUUUACUGAGAACAGAACAAGUAAAGUGUUUUUAGUCAUAGUGGUAUUAUGGUAUGAAGCAAAAAGAAAAAAGAAACAGGUCAAGUGAACACUGGUCUAAUUUUUCCACUGCAUUAGUUUUCUGACUGGAAAUGCUUCACAUGUUUUGUUCUCAGUUCAUAUUUCACACAGGAAGCAUAUUAGUGGCACACUGCCUGCCACCUCAGAUUUCCCAAGCAAGUAAUCGGCUUCUGCUUAAAUGGCCAGCAAACGCUUACAUGAUGAUGAUGAUGCUGAUGAUUUAAAUGUUCAUAAAAUAGUUUGCAUUCAUCACAAAUACCGUGGAAGUCCACUGUGGUCUUUGUUCUUUUCGGACUAACCAUAAUCUUGAGAUUUACACGAAAUGAAUCUUCUAGGAGUUAUUUUCUGCGGGUAAGAUUUUGAUGAAUUAAAACGCUUCAACAGAACCUGAUGUUUAUAAUCCUUCAGCCAUCUUCCCGGUAAAGCAAAAGACGGGAGGAGCCACUUUCCGAUGUAAUCAGGCUUAAAAUAUGCAACAGUGCACCAGUAUGGCAUUGCCAUUUUCUCUGCUGAAAAUGACACGAACCUCACGCCGAGGAGUGACUGCUGCUGUGACUGCUGUCAUGUAGAGAGGAUCAGGAUGCCAGUAUGCAUAACCAAGUGUUUUAUCAGUAGUGUUAGUUCUACUUUUUGCAGAGCGCAGCUCACCCAAACGGUUUCCGGCCAUGAAUUUGCCAACUUGACUCUACAACCCUGACACGCGGUGAAGGGCCAGGUGUCUGCUGGUGUGGGUGCGCUCGAGUUAGCGGUCUCAUUUUCCCUUUCUGUUUUGGAAAUGUAAUUAUUUCAACAUAACCAAGCAGUGAAGAGGGAUGCAGUUCAGUCUCCCAUCACUCAUGACCAUGUUUUAUUAUUCUCCUUUCACACUACAUUACUUAUUUAUUGCCUUGAGUUAAGAGAGAUGGCCCUUUACAACGUUUCUGUAAACUUGCUGUUAAACUAAGGGAGUCAGACUUAUCUCUUAUACAUCUUUAUAGAGUUGGACACUCAGCCCAAAGCUUGUUCCUCGUUUUAUUAUGUAAUGUAAACGAUUCCUGAACAGUUUUUUUUUUCUUCUUUUUUUGGACCACUUCAUUUACUUUGGUUUCCUCACUCCAAUAAAAGCUGAAUUUCAAUCAUGUAGUGGUUUGAAUAAAAUGUGAUUUUUUUUUUCUUUUUUAUUUUAUAUCCGAACCAACAUGUAAAUGAUGUAUUAUUCUGAGUGUGCCAACCCCACUCUCCAGAGCCAGGCUCUCUCUAAGUGCCAAUGAUGUGGUCGCCAUCAGAAGGGCCACCAUUAGAGACGGGGGGCCGAGGGGCCUCCCCUUUGUAAAACAAACCAGAGACUAAAGUGAUAAUUAUGAACACACAAAGAUCUUAUUCUGUAUUUAAGAUUGAUUUGAAAGAUAAUCUGCUCUGUUUUUUGUUUUUUUGUUCAUAUUUUAAAAGAAACUGUAAUUAUAUCUGCAUGUGGUGUUUGUUUUUGUGUUGAAAGUGAGGGCUUGGAUGUUUUUCACUGAAGUAGAGCCCUUCUGUUGAACAGGGUUCAAUCAGUUGGUUAUAAUUGAUUUACAAUAACUCUUGCCAUAUUUUUUAUUUUUCAUGUAUUUGUUUCAACCACUGUUGCCUGAUCCUCAUUCAAACAUGAACAUGACUUAUGAUCAUUGUCGCCUUCUAAGAGAGAAACAUAAUGACAAGAUAUCUGUUUUAAAUUGAAAUAAAUUUGUUCCUAUACUUGC